AUGCUUCAAAAUUGUGCAAUAUUUUACAUUCAUGGUGAUAAUAUCAAAUCUGAUACCAAUAUUGAUCUAUUGGAUAUUGAAGGCUCAUUGGGUCGAUGUCAAUUAACACAACCAUUAUUUUAUAAGCAAAAUAAUGAAUAUAAAUUACUGAUAGCUCAAAAGAUGAGCGCAUAUACUGGCCAAUGCUCGUGGCAAAACAAUUCGAAAAUCUACCUCAAUUGCUUAUUUGAUCGGAAGGAAUGGGAAAAGCAUUCGAUUAAACCAUCCGAAAGUGAUGAUACGGAAAUAAUUGGGCACGUUACCGACGUUGAAACUGACAUCCUCCACGUCUUUUACACUGAUGAAAAUGGAAUUAUCCAUGAUUCAUCAUAUAAUGUAUCAUCCGAGAAAUUCAUCAAACAAGCAGCACUGCAGCAGACGAAUUUAAAGAAAAUAUCCUACGAUUCAGAUCGUCAAUUAAUGUAUAUGUUCACAAAUGAAAUGGUUUAUCAGAAAGUAAAAAGUAAUUCUGGUAUUUUUGUCUAUGAACCAACUUAUGCUAAAACUUUAGGUGAUGGUCGUAUAGCAUAUUAUGCCGGAAAAGAAGGUACUCCUGAACAGGUAUGCAUUGCAGAGGUAUUACCAGACGAAACACUCUAUAUGUCUUUAUUGGUAGGUGUUGAUAGUAGAUCAGUUUAUGAACGAAUUCGAAGUCAACUUGCUCCUAAACCAAAACCAAUAGAACCGAAUGUGGAAACGACCGAGAUGCCUCAGACAGCUUCUAGGCUUUCAUUUCAAACUACUUCAUUCAUUCUCAUUAUGGUACUCUUAUGUAGUAUUUUCAGGUAA